AUGGAUGGUCUGGGAGAGGUAUGGCAACACUUGCCAGUCUCGCGGUUGAUCUUCGGAUUGGACGCGAACACCCACGAGAAGCGAGUUGAUGGCAAGGCGCACGUCUUGGACUUCGAAGAAAGCUACCGAAGCCUCGGGUUGAAAGCCUGCUGGGGUGAUGUGAGCCCGAAGCUCUACACGACCUUCAAUGCCAGGACCUACCUGCAGCCGCAGCUCAACAAGGCCUCCAAGAGCACUGAGCUUGAAGAGAAGGGCGAUCGCAACCCCAAGGAGCCCGGGGGAAAUGCGAACCGACGCUCCUCUUCGAGCCCAGAAACACCCCGUGAGCGCGGGGAUUUCACUUGUUUUCACGCGCAGAAAGGGAGGUUUUCACCUGGGUCUUCGCCAGGAAGUACUCAAGAUGACCUUUUGCUUACCCUAGGGCUCCUGUCCCAUAUCCUCAGGUUCGGUAGGUAG